CGAGACCGUGAAGAAAAGCCUGCUCGCUCGAAGGCAAUUGGGAUUGGGAUAGGGAGAGAUCAAUAUUGAUAAUACUAUCACCCUGUUUUGGCAACAGUGCUAUUCCGCCGCCCUCUCUUUUUCUUUCUUUCUUGGUAAAACGGAACAUCCGGACAGACCGAACAUGCGUCCAACGACACGUCUAUGGCACUCCUGCCGCAUCACCCUUUUCACCCGCGACAACUGCGGUCUAUGCGUCCGCGCCAAGUCAGCCCUUUCCCACGUCUGGGACCGCCGCCCAUUUGAGUACUGCGAAGUCAACAUCAGCAGCCCGGACGCCAAACCCUGGAAAGAUCUCUAUGAUUUUGACGUGCCCGUCAUACAUCUCAGCAAGGCCUCCGCUCCAAAGGAAGACCCGCAGCUUGUUACGAAAGCUGUCAAAUUGAUGCACAGGUUUUCUCCGGAGGAAAUACAAGCAAAAAUGGACCAGGUUGAGAAGAGCCAAAGUUAGAGCCUGGGCAGCUUUUCUAGUCUAAUCGUAAUUAAUUAACAUGCCAUCUAGCGGAAUGGUUUGAAAAAGGCCAUGUAUUAUCGCCAGCUGACUAUCACCAAAGUAGCUGUCGUCACGGAUGCCCAAAUUGAAAGAAGAAGAAGAAAAUCGCUUGACAUUG